AUCCGAACCAUGUACCUGGGGAUCCAGAGCCAGAGACAAAAGGAACACCAGCGGCGCUUUUACUGGGCUAUGAUGUACGAAUAUGCAGACGUCAACAUGCUGCGUCUCUUGGAAACUUUCCUCGAGAGCGCCCCCCAAUUGGUGCUACAGCUCUGCAUAAUGAUCCAAAAGAACCGUGCAGAAACCUUACCUUGUGUGUCCUCUGUGGCCUCCCUGAUGUCCCUGGCUUGGGUGCUAGCGUCCUAUCACAAGCUCCUUCGGGACUCUAGGGAUGACAAGAAGAGCAUGAGCUACAGAGGGGCCCUUAUCCAUCUCUUCUGGCGCCUCUUCACCAUCUCAUCCAGAGUUAUCUCUUUUGCCCUCUUUGCUUCCAUCUUCCAGCUCUACUUUGGGAUUUUUGUCGUGGUCCACUGGUGCGCCAUGGCCUUCUGGAUCAUUCAUGGCGGGACGGACUUCUGCAUGUCCAAAUGGGAGGAGAUCCUCUUCAACAUGGUGGUAGGGAUCGUGUACAUCUUCUGCUGGUUUAAUGUCAAGGAAGGCAGGACCCGAUACCGAAUGUUUGCCUAUUACACCGUAGUCUUGACAGAGAACGCGGCCUUGACUCUCCUCUGGUAUUUUUACAGAGAUCCCGACACCACUGACUCCUACGCUGUGCCAGCACUUUGUUGCGUCUUUCUUAGCUUCGCCGCCGGGAUCGCGCUGAUGCUCUUGUAUUACGGCAUCCUGCAUCCCAUGGGCCCGAGAGCUAAGAUUUUUGCCAGCUCCUGUUGCGCCGAAUUGCUCUGGGGCAUACCUUUGCCCCCUGACGUUGAACCUAUGGAUCCUCAAACGCCCGGGUACAGGGCGGACCAAGUAACGCCCACCAGAGUGGUCACGGAGCAACAGGAGGAACUUACUGCUGACACUUGCUUGCCCGUUUUCCAAGUGAGGGCCAUGGUGCCAUCGACUCCGUUGGGGAGACCUUACCACCCAGAAGGCCCUCUCAUUAAAAUAGACAUCCCAAGAAAGAGGUACCCGGCUUGGGAUGCCCAUUUUGUAGACAGGAGGUUGAGAAGGACUAUAAACAUUCUCCAGUACGUCACCCCCACUGCUGUAGGAAUUAGAUAUAGAGACGGACCUCUCUUGUACGAAUUGCUACAGUACGAAUCUUCACUUUAAAAGCUCCUUUAAACACAAACCCACAUACACAGGAAACAAACACACACACAUACACACACACACACACACAAAACUCAACACACGGUCACAGGCAAACAAGCAGCAACAACAAAAAAAUUAAGAGAGGGGAUUUGGGGUGGGGGGUG